AUGGAUCCCACGUCGGCCACUCCCACUGGGUUCUCGUAUGCGCGGCUCAACUAUGGGUCGCCUCUGAAGCCAGCGACGGCGGGCACCCCCUCCACAUCUUCAUCUGCAUCGCUCGUUCACUCCUCGGAGGAUCUUCACCACCAUAGCCACGCCUACGUGGACGGGACAGCCCCCUCCCGCACCGUCUCAGAUUCGAGCAUGGAUGGAGGAAUCCAGACGUACGAGGAAUCGUUUACGCCAUCGGUCUUCUCAUCGCCCGCACACAUCGCCGCCUACGCUCAGCAGCAGGGUACUCCACUCCACCUCGCCUCGGUGCACGGGACUUCCUCCACACCGUCCGUAGCAGCUUCUGGCCCUGCCAGCGGUGCGAGCACCCCAGCUGCGUUCUCGUCCUACGUCGUGACGCCGUUUCCCAAUGCCCACAUGCCCCGAUCGCACCAGCUCCAACAAGUCGGUGUGGUGCCCCCUCGUUCGCUGUCGUUUGGCAGUGGCGACGUCGCCACGCAGAGCAGUGGCGGCUCCACCAUCAUCGACACCGCGUCGUUCCACUCACCUCCGCCUUCUGCUGGCGGCAGCGGCAUCAUGCCGGCCAGACAGACCUCACCGCGCAGCUACGGCGUCGACCUCGUGAGGCCCGCACAGUCGUUGCCCGCCACAACUCCUGCCUCAGCUGGACACCAGGCCUUCACUGAGGUCGUCGUGCAGCCGACCUCAGACACCUCGGCCGGCGCUGCCACCCCGGCCGCCGCUGCCACCCCGGCCGCCGCGUUCACUCCCUCGCCGCUCGCGCAGUCCCAGCAGCCGCAGCUCGGGUCGCGGCCGACCUUCAAUGCACUGCCGUCGGUCGAGCACUGUUCGCCUGAUCCCCAGCACCCGUCAUUCGUGCCCCCGCAGCGGAGCGUGGUAGGGCUCUCGUCCAAGCGCAUCCCCAACCGACAGGAGGUGGCCAGGAAGUCCAGCCUCCCGCUGGGCAUGCUCGUCUGCCCGCUGGCGCCGAUGCUCAAGCCCACGCCGUGCCUCCGGCGGCCGGCGGUGGCCUGCGCAACGUGCGGCGGCUACAUCAACAAGUAUUGUCAGCGCAACUUCGCCAAGGGCGAGUGGAAGUGCGUCCUGUGCGAUGCCACGAACACCAACCAAGACGAAUACGGCGACGAGUCGUGCGCCCAGUUCCCCGAGUUCACCAACAAGACGGUCGAGUAUCUCGAUCCGUCGCUGCAGUUCUAUCCUGGUCCUUCCACACCCCAGCCCGCCUACUUCUUCAUCAUCGACGCCAGUCUCGUUCAGAGCGACAUUGAGAUUCUUCGCGUGGGCAUCCUCAACGCCGUGAAGACGCUUCCGGAAACCUCUCGCGUGGGACUGAUCACGUUCGCCAGCGCUAUCUCGGUGUACGAGCUGGGGCUGCCCGAGGUGGCCUCUGCCGAAGUAUUCCCUGGCGAGGCCUCGCUCUCGAAUAGCGACUUCGUGUCGCUGAUCGAACGCCAGGCGAACUUUGUGGCCAGCCUGGGGACGUGCACGGCGACGAUCGACCGGAUUCUCACCGCCCUCGUCGCCAGCGCGCCCCAGAAGCGGCUCCCCAUCCAGACCAGAGCUCUCGGAACCGCCCUCGAGAUCGCUCUGGCGCUCGUCACAGGCACCCCUUCCGUCAUUUCACUGCAACAGUUGGGUGAGCCAAAGGAGGGUUGGGACGACGUGAGCCAGGAAGGAGACCGAGCUCGCAUGGACGCCAGAGUGUUCACCGGUGGCCAGCUGUUCGUCUUCAUGACCGGCUCGGCCAACUUCGGCCCUGGCGGAAUCCCUGAUGACGUGGAAGACACAAUGCAGAAGAAGACCUUCUACAAGGAACAAGCCACCGCCUACUACCGCAAGCUCGGCAUGGACGCACACAAGAUGAACGUGAUGAUCGACGUAUUCUGUUGUGGACUCAAGAAUUUCUACGUCAAGAUCCUCCAGAACCUGGUCCUGUCCAACGGCGGCGCGGGUCGCGAUGGCACCUUCGACAUUCAAUGCACGUCGCCGGUGCUUUUCACGCACAUCAUUGGCCCGGCCAUCGCGGGCAAGUCGGCGUGGGAAGGCCGACACCACUUCCGCAUGGGGUCGGUACAGCCGCGCACCUGCUACUCGCUCUACUGCUCGCUCAACGACGACAUCCCUGCGGACCACGUCUUCUUCCAAUUCGUCGUUCGCUACACCAACCGCUCCCACCAGUGGUACUACUUGAUGCCCUCCAUUCCCACGUAUUGUGUGUUCUCUUGGCUCACCGGGCUUUGCCAUCGAUACAGCAUCACUCGCGUGGUGACCCAGCGCAUAGCGACCACGGGCAGCAUGCCCAACUUCUUGGAGUCGGUGAACUCCGACGUUGUAUCCACCUUGCUCGCCAAGAAGAUCGUUCUCCUCUCUCGAAAGCUCGAGAGCGUCGACGACGUCCUCGACCACCUGGACAAGACGAUAACAAACGUCGUGUCGGCUUGCGGCACCAAGGAGAAGGACAGGCGCAACUACAGCUUGCCCGAGGCGGUCGCGCCCAUUCCCAAACAUUUGUAUUUAUUGCGUCAGGGUCCGAUGUUGGCGCCCAUUCUGCAGCACGCGGACGAUAUCGACUACGUGCGCUGUCUGUUCCUCAACAGCAACCUCGAGGACUCUCUGCGCCUCAUCAACCCUCCCCUCUACCUCGCACGCCAGGGCAAGGAGCUCGAGCGCAUCCCGCUGGAGGAUCUGGCGCUCCAGUCCCGCUUCGUGCUGCUGCUCGACCACCACACGGAUCUUUUCAUUUGGGUGGGCAGGCAGGCUCAGGACAGCGCCCAGCUGAUCGAGCUGUGCCGUCAAGCCGCCGCCUCGUUCGCCACGCAAAGAUUCCCGCAGCCCCAGCUCAUGAUUUUCCAGGUGCGGCUCAUUCCGUCGCACAAGGACUCCUUCGACGAGCAGAGGCAGUCGUUCCCGCUGAUCGCCGAGAUGGGCGAGAAGGACCACGCCGCCUUCGUCUCACGCUUCCACCGCACCGACGAACUCUCCUUCCACCACUACUUCCGCUCUCUCGCAGCGAGGUUGAAGUAG